GAAGAGCAUUCAGCAGCCCAUUUCAAAUUUACAAACCGAAUAGCUUUCCUGCAAUCACUGUGUCACUCAACUCACUCUACAUACACAACGACAGUCUCAGUAGUGUAGUCUUCUUCGGAUCGCCGGCGGAGCAGAAGACGGCGACGGCGGCAGAGAUGGGGCCACCAAAAUCCGGCCGUUCAAUUUCGCAACAAGCCUUCGACGAAAUGGUGAAAGAGAACAUCGAUGAUCUCGGCAUGGAUCCCUCCGAUGCCCUCCAAGACGCCAUCGAAACCCUAACUCUCCAAGGCGUCGAUCUCUCUGGAAUCGUCACUUGCGUUCCCGGCGAGGGCUCUGUCAAGGACAACCCUGUGAUCCAGUCCUUGGAUAGGCUGAAACAGUUGAAUUCUGAUUCGACGGAUCGAAUUGGAGACCAGAACGAUGUCGAUGAGGUGAUUGUGUUGCUUGAUAAGUUGGCCGAUUUGUGUUCGAUCGAAGGAUCUGGAAACGCCGCCAUCGCCAUGAAAAACGGAGGGCUCGAAUUGGUUUGUUCUGUCUGUUUGAAGCUUCGUGGUGGGAGCGAUCGGGGUCUGGUUUCGGCAUUUGAGGCAAUUGCAUCACUUCUUCAUGAUGUUCAAAGUAGUGAAACAUUUCAAAAGAAUGGUGGACCAAAGAUGGUGAUGGGUAUCCUAAAUGAUGGCACUCAAAAUUUGAAAAUCCUGAAUGGUGGUUUUUCUGUUGUUGCUGCUGCUGCAACUGGUAAUGAGAUUGUCAAGGAAUCAUUCAUGGACUUGAAAAUUGAUGAGCUUAUGAUCCAAAUUUUGAGGACACAUGGUAAAGGGUGCAUCCAUAGUAUAUAUGAUGCUAUACAAGCCUUGCUUACACCUGAUGAUAAUCGUGUUGUGGCAUCCCAAGUCUAUGGUUAUGCUCGAAGAUUUGCAAAAAUUGGAAUUGCAGAAGCUCUUGUGGACUUGCUUAAAGAAGGGCUCAGUUCGCCAUGUCUAGUAUCAGCAACCAUGACUUUAAAGGCUGUUGCUGUUAAUGACGAAAUAUGUAGAUCUAUUGCUGCAAGUGGGGGUGUAGAUGCAGUUCUCCGAUGUAUUGGUGACAGCGGUGAGCAGGGCAAUAAAAUAGUGGCUCGAGCUGCUUGUUCUUUAUUGUCCAAGUUGGCAGGAAGUGAUACAAAUAAGAGUGCUAUUAUUGAAAAAGGAGGGAUGGAUAGGAUAAUCAAACUCUCGGCCAGAUUUUUUGAUGAUCCAUCUGUUUUACAAGAGGUUAUGUCUGUUAUAUGUGUGCUCUCUUUGAGAUCCCCAGACAACGCAACUCGUGCCAUUGAAGCUGGAGCUGGAGAUCUUGCUAUCCAAGCCAUGCAGAGGCAUCCCGGAGCUCAUCAAAUGCAGAAGAGUGCUUGUAUGAUGAUCCGGAAUCUUGUGGCUAGGAAUCCAGAAAACAGAACUCUUUUGCUUAAUAAUGGUAUUGAGAAGAUCAUAAGGAAGGCCAAGGAAAACCACACAAGCUGCAAGGACGCUGCUACUGAUGCGCUCAGAGAUCUGGGGCUUGAUAACUACAACUUAUAGUUCACACUCCUCUUUCCAUUCACUACUUUUUGCAAUGCUGUUUCUUGUGUAUCGAUGUAACUUUUUGUGUUAUACAACAAAAUUUAUCUACUUUUUUUAA